AUGUCCGAGAAAGCAGGAACCGACAAGCCCCCAGAGAGCCCGACAACGGCGCGUGAGCUCGACUUUGACGACGACAACGAUGCCCCUACUUCCUCUGCACCUGAGAAGGUUAUAUCGCCACUGCCGGCUUCGAAAUCGCCCAAGACCGGCGUGAGAUUCUCCGAACAGGCGGAAGAGAUCCCUCCCCAGAAGCCCCCGCGGCCAGUCGACCCAGACGUCCAGGCGCAGAACACACUCAUUGAAGCCUUCCCUGACAUUGACACAAAUGUGAUCAAGGCAGUUCUGGUCGCAAGCGGCGGAAAGGUCGAGCCUGCAUUCAACGCGCUCUUAAGCAUGUCCGAUCCCAAUUUCAAGACUGAAGAGGCAGCACCGCCGAAGCCUCCGCGACCGCAGCCUCGCAGCCAACUCGAGCAAGACGAGAUGUACGCUCGGCAGCUGGCUGAGCACUACCAGAGCCAAGGUGGUCAGCAGGGCCAGGGUGGCUAUGGGUCAGAGCGGCGCUCGGCACCGUAUGCAAGGUCAAACAACCAGAACCAGAACAAGGAUGACCGCGAGUACAGCUUCUUCGAUGACGAUCUUCCCGAGAUCCGCAAGAACAUCGAGCAGGGCUUCCAAGAGACACAGAAAACAGUGAAUAAGUGGAUUACUAGCUUUAAGAAGAAGCUCGACGGCGAGCCUGACGACUACGAUCAAUACGGAAAUCCCGUGCCCCGCGAGCAUGGCCACACAUCACAGGGACGUCAGAAUUAUGGCCCUUCACAAUCGGACCAGAUGCACGGUAUCCGCAAGUCGGCUGAGCAACGUCGUUCUACUGACAUGCGCCGUUCCGCCGACCACAAUCGCUAUGAUGCGGACAACAGGGUACUGGGUGACGACUUUGCCCAGCUUGAGAUGAGGGACAACGAUCCUCAGCAGAGGUCGAGCGGCCGCCCAUCGGCCAACCCUGAUCUUUUCAAACCUACCCCCGUGUCGCCACCGCAGAGCGGCCCUGUCGACGAGGUUGAUGCUCUCUAUCGCAACCCUUCGCCGAAUAACCCGGGAGGGAAGUCUGGCGGCAAGAAGUGGCAACCUCUGACAUCGGUCGCGCCACACCCUGAGACCGACGAGCACGAUCCAUUCAGCCUCGGUGAUAGCGACGACGAGGACAACAAGACAAAAGACACCAAUCCUGAGGACACGGAAAGACUGAAGAAGGCUGCGGAGGCUAAGGUCAAGGAGUCUACAGGCUCUGAGCUAAAGCCUGCGACGAGGAGUGGGAGUGUUGGUCAGAAGGAUGCGGCUGCCGAAGCACUGCUCAAAGAUGCGAAAUAA